AUGGAACACCAAAUGGACAACAUUAGCAUGUCUCCAUCUUACUCUCAACAAGCGCUUGCUUCAGAGUCAAACGCAAGUGCCUCUCGUGCGAAUCGGGCUCGUUCUUCUUCGCAUCCAACCAAAGCUGUCUUCCCGACAGCGAAGAAAACACUUCAGUACCAGGUUAGCAACGUAGAUCUAGCUCAGCAGUAUUUUACAACCACGCACCAGCCAUCCAUUAUUCUUCCGUCCUUGGAUCUGCUCAAUCUCGAUAAUACCCAUAAGCCUUCAGACACGCUAAGAUUCAAAUCAACCCUCUUUUCGCCUCUGUCCAACCCCGAGAUUUCGGUUGGUUAUUUCUCCCGACUGCUUGAGCCUGAGCCAACUCGCCCCCUUGAAAUCACACAUCGCGAAACCGAGCUUCCUGAUAGGCUUCAUUCUGUACAUACCAAACCAACAGCUCCUCCAACAUCCUUGACUAAUCUAUGUGUACCUGCUAGACUAACAAGGUUGAACGUAGUUUCGCAGGAUUUGACGGUCCAGGCUCAAUCUUCUUCACUAAAAAAAAGUAGUGUGAAUUGCUUCCGAGAGCAACACAGGGACUGCGAGUCUAUUUCUACUCAAUCUCUUCAACUCCGAGAUCACAACGCUACAGAUUGGAAUCACCCAUCAGCCCCGAACCCAAUCAGCAACUUGGACCAUAACCACGAAGAAUCCUUCGAUAUUGAGGACUUAACGACCCCCACAUUGAAAAGCUGUGAGAGGUUUGAAGAUGAUAACUCAAUUACCCCCUGUCAAACCUUCAGCACACCGAACUUCAAAAAGCUCCACCAGGGAAUACGAAUUACUCCCAGAAUGAUAUACGAAGACUAUCAAAGAAAGUUUAAUGAAGAAGACGUGAUCAUUAAAUCGAGAGAUUCUCACCUUUCACCUUCCUCUAGCCAUGAACACCCAUACUUUCAGACUGGAGCUAACGGUAGCGCCGGCACAACAAUUCCAAGCGGCUCGAAGACCACUUACGCUUUUUCUAAGAUUAGCACCAUGUGCAGUGAUGGGGCGGCCCCAAGCACUUCAGUUUCACUCGACGCGUCUCUCUGUGACACCUCCCUCGAAGACUCGGCGGACGAAUCUUUCGAAAGUUUUGGUGAUGACCAGAUUUUCGGUUCCCUGUUUUCAAUCAAAACGCAACUCGCCUAUAAACCCAAUUCCCAGGUCACAGACGUUUUUCCUUUGCCUCCUGUUACACGUAGUGGUAGCUGCCAUCCAAGUAACGUCCAACGAACUCCGUCUCCGAAACACGUAUAUGUAGCGGGUCAUGAACCGAGAAUCACAACGCCAGACAAUGUAAUCCCUAAGAUUGUGAUGGAUGUAAAUGACUCAGAACUUAGGAAAACCCGAAUCACAUCCCCCUUGGUAUUGGGGAAACCUUUAAAUGUUAAGCCAAGUAUUAAGAACAACACGCCGGGGUUGGAUUCUCAACCCUCAAGCCCCAAUGAUCAAGGGAAAAAACCUUUCCAGCUUCCACCUAGUCCCUACCGUCACGUGGAAAACAAGAGUCGUAUUCAUGAUGGUCCAGAUAAUUUGGAAUGUUCGACCCGGUUGAUGAACAUGUUUGACACUUUCCUUGAAUGUAGCCCAAAGAACAGUGGUUCAAACGUACUGGCGAGGUCUUCGCUUUCGAAAAAGUCCAAUAGAAAACUUAAGCUCGAUGAGAGUCCGUUGAAAAAACUAAGUAGCAUUCACUUCGCGGAGACUCCCGAGCUAAUCUUGCAACCUAAGCGAAGCUUUGUCGGCGACUCCUUCGGCCUCCACUCGCAUGGUGUACCUUUCAAUCUGCCUGCUAGCCAGCGUCCCUCUAGUCUUGCCUUUGAAUCCUCUCAAAAUCCGAAUGCGGAUCCUAGCGCGUCAUUGGCUGUAACAAAUUCGACACCUCUUCGUAAACGUUUGCCGAAUGUUCGGUCUUCACUUUCUCUUCAAGAAUGCUGCCCUUCACUUUCAGUCGACGGGAAAAAUAAGUUUCUUUCUCGUCGUGUUGAACACCCAAGUCCCGCCUCGGACUCGGACGAUGAACCUAGCCAAUCACCCAAAACUCCAUUUGGGAACAUUUUCAAUCCGUCCAAUCGGUUUGAACCAUAUGUUCCUUUCGAGUCAUCUUUAUCCGCGAAAAGCCUUACUCAAAAGCUUGGCUUUAAGCCGGACGUAUACAAUUCGUUGGAUUCUCAGCCUCGCAGCUUGGAAGAACUGGAGGAACCCGGGUCAUUUCAUGUUUUCUCAAAGGUUGUCAACUCCACGAAACAGAAUGGAAACUCAACCUGUACAGCGGACCCGUCUCAUGGGCCACAGCUGAAGACACGGAGAUCGAUUGCAAAAUUCAUGUCAAACGGGCUUCUAUCAAGGUUUACGAAUCAAAAAUAUCCCCGAGGCUCCUUUCCUUCCAGCGAUUCAAUUGGAAACCUCAGAAAAGGUCACCAGGCCAACUCACCUACUGAUGAGGGUUUCGAAUCUUCCCCGCACAGGUCCAACUGGUCAAGCAUCAUUGAGCACGAGUUUGAUCAGUCAAGGGCGAACUCCUCGUUGAAUGCUCUCAAUUCCAGUCGCCAGAAAGCUUCAGGUGGCAAAUUGAUAUCAGGCCGAGUUCUGUUUCAAGAGUUAGACCCUAGAUUCGAUGUGCAAGAUGCCAGCAUCAUGGAUAAUCAUCGGGCGAUAAGAAGUAGCAAUACCGCUUCAAUGACUUACAAUUAUUCCCUCCGGCGAUUCAAAAAUGAACAUCCUCAUUCAACAACUACGGGCCCGUCAACCUACGACGAAGGCGCUCUGAUUCGAAGCGGGAAAGAAACAGCGAUAACCCACAUGCCAGUAUCUCAAUCCCGGAAAGCGUUUGAACAAGAACAUGAAAUCCUGGUGGAAGCCAGUUCCGAAUCUACCGAGGAUGAUUCCAAAGAUCCUCAACAGAUUCUCAGUCCGAUCAGACUCUAUGGUAAACAACAAGGUAUCCUUGAGACUGGAAACUGGAAAACAAACAACUUGAACUUCCAAUCGAUGAAAUCGCAAUAUCAACCUCCGACGUCUAAGAAUGGUGAUCGUUUGAGUGCAUUCAAAAUCCACGACGAAUCAACGGCGAGGAGAAGAGACAGGACAGUGACCGAAGAAACGCAGAAGAAGAAAGCUGCCGGGAUCCCGGAGGAAGACGAAGAAGCCGAGAGGGAAAAGAAGGAGUCCUUGAUGGUUUAUAAGAUUCAGGAGGAAGACGAUAAUCAAAUCAUCAAUUUCGAAAUCAACAGAUUGAAGAAAAUAUUUUAUAACAAAGCUUUGAAGUCUUCCAAGUCAAAAUCCAAGCUGUCCAAACCUCCAGCGAAACUCUUUGACCACUGA